UACUUAAGAAUUUUAAGCAGUUUAAUAACAAUACAGUUUCUGAGUUUAUACAAUAACCGGAAGUUUGUGUGCUGUCGGGAGAGUGCUCCGCCGACGAACCGAACCGAACACAACGCCAAGGGAGUUGUUUGGCGCCUUUACGAGGCCGGUAAAAUUUCAUUGUAAUUUCGCUAUUUUCUCCGGCGAAACUCAAAUAACGUAAAAAUGGGAGACAAAGGCGAUGGUGGCGGAGUAGAAACCUUCGACGACGCGGUGGAAGAGAGAGUAAUUAACGAGGAGUACAAAAUAUGGAAGAAGAAUACUCCAUUCCUCUACGACCUGGUGAUGACACACGCUCUGGAGUGGCCAUCGCUGACUGCUCAGUGGCUUCCAGACGUCACAAGGCCCGAGGGGAAGGACUAUUCUGUGCACAGGUUGAUCCUGGGCACACACACAUCUGAUGAACAGAACCACCUGCUGAUUGCCAGCGUCCAGCUUCCGAAUGAAGACGCUCAGUUUGAUGCCAGCCACUAUGACAAUGAUAAGGGUGAAUUUGGUGGCUUCGGGUCAGUGUCCGGCAAGAUAGAUAUAGAGAUCAAGAUCAACCAUGAGGGAGAAGUGAACCGAGCCCGCUACAUGCCACAGAACCCCUGCGUCAUUGCCACCAAGACUCCAUCAUCAGAUGUGCUGGUGUUUGACUACACCAAGCACCCAUCCAAGCCUGAGCCUUCAGGAGAAUGCCACCCAGAUCUUAGAUUACGAGGACACCAGAAGGAGGGUUAUGGCUUGUCAUGGAACCCCAACCUCAAUGGAUAUCUACUAUCAGCCAGUGACGACCACACAAUUUGUCUGUGGGAUAUCAACGCAACACCGAAGGAGGGCCGCGUGAUUGAGGCCAAGUCAGUGUUCACUGGCCACACCGCCGUGGUGGAGGAUGUGGCCUGGCAUCUACUGCACGAGUCGCUCUUCGGGUCCGUUGCCGACGACCAGAAGCUUAUGAUUUGGGAUACCAGGUGUAACAAUACUUCAAAGCCGUCGCACACAGUAGACGCUCACACCGCUGAAGUGAACUGCCUCAGCUUCAACCCCUACUCCGAGUUUAUCCUCGCCACCGGCAGUGCUGACAAAACUGUGGCCCUAUGGGACCUGCGCAACCUAAAGCUGAAGCUACACUCGUUCGAGUCGCACAAGGACGAGAUCUUCCAGGUGCAAUGGUCGCCGCACAACGAGACCAUCCUCGCGAGCAGCGGCACUGACAGGAGGUAUGGACUGCUGCACGUGUGGGACCUAUCAAAGAUCGGCGAGGAGCAGACGGCGGAGGACGCGGAAGACGGCCCGCCCGAGCUGUUGUUCAUCCACGGCGGACACACCGCCAAGAUAUCAGACUUCUCCUGGAACCCCAACGAGCCCUGGGUCAUCUGCUCGGUCUCCGAGGACAACAUAAUGCAGGUAUGGCAAAUGGCGGAGAACAUCUACAACGACGAGGAGCCGGAGACGCCCGCGUCGGAGCUGGAGUCGGGCGUGAACGUGAACCACGGCUAGCUGGCGCCGCGCGCGGCCGCGCCGCCCCCCGCGGCCACCGCCG